UUAUUUCCUUUUUUAUUACUUAUAAAACAAUUUUAAGUUUAAAAACCAUUCAAUCUGCCCAUUUUAUAAGCGAUCAAUAUUAGCCUGUGUUAGCUAAAAACCAUUGCAGUCCUUACCGCGAUAUAAAAACUAAAUCUCUUGACCCCCUCCUCAUUGUUUUGCUUUUGGAAAUUGAUUUCAGAGGAUUUGCAGGUUAGAUAUAAAGAAGACAAAACGAUGUCGGCAAGUUUUUACUUCGUCAUGGUUGGACAUCGUGACAAUCCUGUGUUUGAAAUGGAAUUUUUGCCAACUGGAAAACCUGAGUCUAAGGAUGAUCACCGUCACCUGAACCAGUUCAUUGCGCACGCGGCCUUGGAUUUGGUGGAUGAAAACAUGUGGCUCUCCAACAACAUGUACUUGAAAACUGUUGACAAGUUUAACGAGUGGUUUGUCUCAGCUUUUGUUACAGCAGGUCAAAUCCGAUUUAUCAUGCUACAUGAUGUGCGACAGGAAGAUGGCAUUAAAAACUUUUUUAAUGAUGUAUAUGAUUUAUACAUUAAGUUUGCUAUGAAUCCGUUCUACGAAAUCAAUGCACCAAUUCGCUCCACAGCAUUUGAAAGGAAAGUCCAAUUUCUGGGAAAGAAACAUCUCCUGAGCUAAUCACAUUACAAUGAUUGGAAUGCAUUGUUGUGUAGUCUACCAAUCACACUCAUUUUUGUUCUUUCCUGUUUCUGCAAGUGUGAAUUCAACAGGAACGCUGGCUUGUAUAAAAUGUCAUCCUGUGUAAAUUCUGAUAUCUUUAACUUGUCACUAAACAUCUGAUUGAUAGCUUAGUGCUUGUUAUACAGAAAACACUCAUUAAAAAAGGGGGAGAAAAAAAGAA